AUGCUCUUGAAACUGAAGUGCACAGUAAACAACUAUGCGUGGGGAGCGAAGGGUGAAGCCAGUAUGGCUGGUAACUUGGCUCUAGAUGGUGGUCAUAUCGCGAAUCUCGAAACGGACAAACCAUACGCUGAAUUUUGGGUUGGUACGCAUGCUAAUGGACCGGCCCGCGUCAUCGAGAACAACAUCGCUUUGAAGGACUACUUUCUACUUCAUCCGACUUACAAGGAAAGCAUGAAAAUGGUGCUCUCCGUUGUUGCUCCACUUUCGAUUCAAAUCCAUCCAACAAAAAAGCAAGGAAAGGUUCUUCAUGCGAAGGAUCCGAAAAAUUAUCCCGAUGACAAUCACAAGCCAGAAAUCGCAAUUGCAUUGACAGAAUUCGAGUUGUUGUCUGGAUUCCGCCAGCAUUCUCAAAUAUGCGAAUACCUGAAAUUGUACUCAGAAAUUCAAGAAUUACUCACUGAGGAAGAGAAAUCACAAAUUGAUAAUCUCGGAUCAUUCGGAGAAAGCUCUUCACAAGUGCUCAAAAAAAUCUUCUCAAGAAUUUGGCGUACCCCAAAGGAGAAAUUACAAACUGUAGUUGAUAAACUAGCUCGACGAAUUCAAGGACAAGAAAACAAGUCUGCUCUUGACGAGAUUAUCGUCUACCUCUUCACCAUGUAUCCAGGAGAUGUCGGUGUCUUCGCUCCAAUCUUUCUCAACUACUUCAAAUUGCAGCCCGGAGAGGCUACAUUCCUGGAACCAAAUAUGCCACAUGCCUACUUGAAAGGAGAUUGUGUGGAGUGUAUGGCAGAUAGUGACAACACAAUUCGUGCUGGGCUCACUCCAAAGUAUAUCGACGUUGAAUCUCUUGUUGAAAUGCUGAAUUAUACCGAAACUCUUCUUCCAAAGUACAUUCCAAACGAGUUGGAUGAUGGAACUCUUCUUUUCACUCCACGAGGAAUCGACGAGUUUUGGGUGCAGGAAGUCAAGGGACCGUCUGGAUCAAUCUAUCAACUGCCAUAUUCCGAAUCAUGCUCUGUUCUCACGAUUCUCUACGGUACUGCCACGGUGACACUCGGAAAUAGCUCACAGACAUUAAACCGAGGAGAAGUUCUAUUCGUUGGAGCUACACAUUCUACUUCUGAACGCCCGAAAGUCAACAUUUCGGACGACUUCCUCGCAUUCCGAGCUUUCACGCCGUCACCAAGAGCACUUGAAAGUCUUUCCAACAAGAAUUUGAUCAUUGACUGA